AAUACAGUUAGAAGUUUGAGCUGUCAGAAUGUCAACUCGCUUUAAGGUUGUCUGAAAAGCUUAACUAACUUUUGUCAACAUCGUUUUUGCAAAUAUUUCGACAAUUUUAUUCAAGAGAAAUGUGCUGAUAACUGUAGUUGAUCUUUUCUAUACGUCUUGGAAGGCAAACUUCCAUGAAAAGCCACAAAUUGGAUUAAGGAAAUCCGCCUGUGAUAGUUAGCUAGCUCAUUAGCCACCUCGUUGGCAUCUUUGAAGGGUCUCUUGUCCCCGUUUGUCCUCGCGUUCACAUUGCAUUGGCAGGUUUAAGUAACGUUUCCCAAGAAUCGCUUUUGUUAACCAACCGUAUUGCAUGUUUCGCCGUUUUUGCAAGGUCGGGUACAGUAGUUACAGUGAGUAGCCCAGCUAGCUUGCUACCCUAGUUAUCAUGGAGAACCAGUGGAAUAAUCUUCAGUCCGGUGGACGAGACAAACAGCGAAAGAAAGGAUUCAACGCCGGACUAGGGGGAUCGUCUGGAUGCGAGGAUGGAGAACGUAAACCAAAAUUUCAUUUACACGUUAAAAACAUUAAGGAUGAUGUGCUGGACAGGUUUGCCAGUAUCCGUAUCCCGGGCAGUAAGAAGGAGCGUCCUCACCUCCCCCACGUCAAACACUCCUCUUCCUCUGAAUGGUCCUCCUCUUCCUCCUCCGCUGAGUUUGAGGACCUGUCCUCCAAGAUCACCUCAGAGAAGGAGAUACUGGGCCUCUUCGAGAAGAUGAUGGAGGAUAUGAACCUGAAUGAGGACAAGAAGGCUCCUCUGAGAGAGAAAGAUCUGACCACCAAGAGAGAGAUGGUCAUCCAGUACAUUGUUACUGCAUCCAAAACACGCUAGGUGAACGGGUUGGGGGUUAGAACAGUGGUGUGUAGCCCGUGGAUAGACGUGGAGCGGGCUGACUCCAUCGCUAGGUGAACGGGUUGGGGGUUAGAACAGUGGUGUGUAGCCCGUGGAUAGACGUGGAGCGGGCUGACGCGGGGAAUAUCCACCGCCCAGCUCCCUCGCUGAGAAGGCGACUGCUCUCGUCCGGAGCAGAAUAAAUCACAAUAAAGGAACUGUGGCGUUCCAGAUUGGAUCUCUGUGGUCUCUCUCUCCCUCCCUCCCUCUAUCUAUCUCUAUCUCACUGCCUC